CUUGAGUUUCAGAGGAGAAAGACGUCCGCAAGAACUUCGUUGACCAUCUCUACAGUGCGAUGCAGCACAGAGGGAUUUACACUUUCAAAGACGACGAGAAGCUGGAAAGGGGAAAGUCCAUCUCGCCCGCACUUGAGAAGGCAAUCGAAGAAUCGUCCAUGGCGGUGGUCGUCUUCUCCGAGCACUAUGCUGAUUCCACAUGGUGUUUGGAGGAACUAGUGAAAAUCAUGGAGGUGAAAGGUCAAAUGGUUGUUCCCAUUUUCUAUGGCGUGGAUCCGUCGACUGUGAGGAAACAGAAGGAAAAGUAUGGAGAAGCCUUUGAAGGACACGAAAAGAGGUUUGAGAAAGAAGGAGAAAAGGUGAAGAAAUGGAGGAAAGUGUUGGAUGAUGUAUCCAAUUUGUCAGGUUGGGAUCAGAACAACACUGAAAAUGGACAUGAAGCAAAGUUCAUCCAGAAAAUUGUUGAAGAUAUCGUUACUAAAUUGGGUUCAAUGAGGUCAAUUGAUGAUCCAAAACUGGUUAGGAUGGAGCCUCGUAUACAAAAAUUGUAUCCACUGAUAGGCAUGGGGUCUAGUGAUGUUCGCUUUGUUGGAAUACAUGGGAUGAGCGGGAUUGGAAAAACAACUAUUGCAAGAGCUAUGUAUGACAAGAUCUCAAAAGAAUUCGAAGGUUGUAGUUUUAUUCAUGAAGUUAGAAGCGAGUCGGGCAAGCAUGGUGUGGUGCACUUGCAACAGAAACUUCUAUCUAAGAUUCUUUCAGUAAAAGAUUUGAAAAUAGACAAUGUGUUUGAAGGAAAAAUGAUGAUACGUCAAAGGCUACAAUGCAAAAGAGUGCUUAUUGUUCUUGAUGAUGUUGAUCACAGGGAUCAAUUGGAAUCAUUGGCUGGAAACAGCGAUUGGUUCGAUGUUGGAAGUAGAAUCAUCAUAACAACCAAGGAUAAGCACUUGCUUAUUAGCCAUAAAGUGAAGAUUAUGAAAUACUAUAAAAUGAGUGUGCUAGAGGAAGCUGAAAGCUUUCAACUCUUUAGGCAGCAUGCAUUUAAUAAACAACUGCCGCUGCUUCCUACCAAGGAAUUUGAGGAGCUCGAAGCUCAUGUGGUACACUAUGCUGGAGGCCUUCCUUUGGCUCUUGAAGUUUUUGGAUCCCUCCUAUAUGGUAGAGAUAUUGAUGAAUGGAGAAGUGAAGUUGCCCGACUUAAGGAAAUCCCAGAAGAUGAGAUUUUCGAGAAACUUAAAUUAAGUUUCAUUAGUCUCAACAAAAAUACACAAAGGGUUUUCUUAGACAUUGCAUGCUUCUUUAAUGGGAAGAAGAGAACAUCCAUAACAAGAAUACUUAAUAGUUUCAACUUCUACUCUGACAUUGGCAUAAAGGUUCUCAGGGAGAAAUCUCUAAUAACUAUUUCAGAAGGUCGUGUUUUGAUGCAUCAAUUAAUACAAGAAAUGGGGUGGUCUAUUGUUCGCCAAGAAGCUUCAGAUGAUCCAAAAAGAUAUAGCAGGUUGUGGCUACCUCAGGAUAUUUCUCAACUACUUAUAGGAAGUGAGGGUACAGAAAAUAUCCAAGGUAUAGCAUUCAACUUGAAGGUUGCAACAGAUGUGAAAGUUAGUAGUGAGGCCUUCACACACAUGGCCAAGCUAAGACUUCUCAAAUUUCACAAUGCAAAUGCUUCUCAUGCCCCUAAUUUUCUCCCUGGCGAGUUAAGGUGGCUAGAUUGGCACGGAUAUCCUUCAAAAACUUUGCCUGCUACUUUCCAGGGACAAAAACUUGUUUGUCUUAAAAUGCAAUAUAGUCGUGUCAUACAACUUUGGAAAGGAUUCAAGGUCCUGGACAAUUUGAAAUUCAUGAAUCUGAGCCACUCUCAGAAACUAAUUAGGACUCCAGAUUUCACAGGAAUCCCAAAUCUUGAAACAUUGAUUCUAGAACAUUGUACAAGUUUGGUAGAGAUCCAUGCUUCUGUUGGAUUUCUCAAGAACCUUGUUUCACUUAACCUUAAGAAUUGUGUAAAUCUGAAGAGGCUCCCCGAAAGCAUUCAUUUAGAAAAGCUUGAGAUGCUAAUACUAUCAGGCUGCUUGAAACUCGAAAAUUUUCCAAAAAUUGCAGCUCCUAUGGCUUGCUUGUUAGAAGUACAUGCUGAGGCUACUGCUAUAAGAGAAGUGCCAUUAUCAAUCGAGUGCCUCACAAACUUGAAGUUAAUAGAUGUAAGCAAUUGUAAGCAUCUUGCAAGCCUUCCAAGUAGCAUUUGUAGUUUGAAAGGUCUGAAAGCUGUGAUUCUCUCUGGUUGUUCCAAGUUUGAGAAAUUACCAGAUGAAUUGGGAGAAAUAAAAUGCUUAGAAAAGCUGUAUUGUGACAAGACAGCAAUCCAAGAGCUACCAUCCUCCAUUUCACUUCUCAAGAAAAUCAAGAUUUUAUCAUUUCAUGCAUGCAAACCUUUGGCUUCUCCAUUACAAAAGAGCUGUUCAUUCUUCCUCUCUAGGCUGCUGCCAGCAGGAACUUUUCAAUAUAUCAAGGCUUCACCGUUUCCUUCUCUAUCUAGGUUAUCUUCACUGCAAAUGCUGGAUCUUAGUGAUUGUAGUAUGCUAGAUGGAGGCAUUAUUCUUGGUGAUCUUGGACAGCUUCAUUGUUUGAAAGUACUGAAUCUUAGCAACAAGAAGUUUGGUUGUAUCCCAGCUGAAUCCUUUGUCAACCUCACUCAACUUAGGGAACUUUAUCUAGUGGGAUGUGGGAGGCUUCAAAGUUUUCCAGAGCUUCCAUCUAGUAUAAUAGAGGUUUAUGCAGAUGAAUGCCCCAGCUUAGAAGGCCGCAACAUAAAUUCGUUGACUAAAUACCCAAAGUUGAGACGUGUUUCAUUCACUAAAUGUGCUCAACUCCCUGAGGAUCCACGUUACGGUCACAUAGUUGAUGCAAUAUGGCAACACCUGCUCAAGGGACUAUCAAACCCAAAACACGGCAUUAGUGUCUACUUUCCAGGCAUGGUGUUUCCUGAGUGGUUUACGUAUAAGAAUUUGGGAAAUUCACUAUCAGUUAGCUUGCCUCAAAAUUGGUACAAUAACAAAUUCAUAGGAUUUACAUUCUGUGUGGUUUCUAACUUGAUAACUACUCCAGUAAGAGGGAAAAGGUGUUAA